AUGUCACAUAAAUUAUUGUUAUUUGUUUUAUUAUUAUUUUCAUCGCCACGUUUUGUUUUCUCAUUAGAAUGUUACAUAAGUGUUAUUCCAUUUGUACUAAAUUAUAGUGUAACAAUUGAUACUCUUCCAUCAUUUGAUAGUUGUACGUUAGUUGAUGUAACUGGUGAAUGUACAUUUACAAUAAUUUGGUUGAGAAAUCCUGAAGCUAGUUUUAUUAUAUUUGGUUAUAAUACAAUAGUGAAUGGGAGUAGUUUUUCAAGUGACUCAAUAUUAGCAAGUGUUCAAUAUGAAUUAGAAGGUGAUGAAUUCGCAAAAAGAUUAUCACAUGAUGUUCAAUAUACAUGUCAAUCAUCUGAUGAAUGCAAUAGUGGAACAAAUCUAAAAAGAAUUUUAAAAUCUCUUCGAAUAGAAGAAAAUUUUUCUAUCGGUUUUAAUUCAUUAAUUGCAGCAAAUGACUCAUUCAAUAAUCAAUCAAUAAGUAAAUGUUAUUUUAAUCGAUCGUCGAAUGAUUGUUCUCCAAUAGAUUAUAAAAGUUGUCGACGAUGUGAGAUAUCAAUGAAUUUUUCUGAUUCAUCAACAAAUGAAAUAUGCGCAACUUGUCCAACUGUAACUCCACAAUUUAAUUCAAUAAGACGUGAUGCUAUUUUCAUUGUUAAUAAUCGAUCACAAGUACUUGAUAAUGUUCAACUAUCUUGUCAAACGGGAGAAUAUUGCAAUUCCAUUGAAAAUAUCUAUCGAAUUCGUCAAGCUAGUUUUAUUUAUUUUGAUUUCGAUCAAUAUUUCUUUUCACUUCUCUUCAGUUGA